UUUAGAUCAAAUAAUGUACAAGAAUAUGUCAAUUCGUUUAAAGAUGAAAGAAACGAAUUAAUGGGUAUGUGGCCCGAUAUUGUUCGUGAAUUGACGGAAGAAGAUAACGAAGAAUUACCAGAUGUUAAAAAAAGGAUAAAAGAGAUAUUGGAAUAUAAUGUUCCGAAAGGAGGAAAACGAAGAUCAGUACCACUUGUAAUCGCAUAUAAAUUGCUGGCAUCUCAAGAUCAAUUAACGGAAGAAAAUAUUCGUUUAGCUCGUAUCCUGGCCUGGAGUGUAGAAAUAAUGCAAGCGUUUCACACAAUGAUAGAUGAUAUUUUAGACAAUGCAAACAUGCGACGAAAUCAAUUAACCUGGCAUGUUAAAAUUGGAUUAGGUGCAAUUAAUGACGGUUUAAUUAUGGAAACAUGUAUAUAUAAGCUUAUUAAGAAACAUUUUAAAUCGAAAAAUUGUUAUACAGAUAUUGUGGAUAUACUUUUGAAGUAUCAUACAAAAACAACGCAUGGUGAAUGUCUAGAUAUAUUGAUAUCGACAGAUUGGGGGAAGAACGCGAAUAUUAACGUUUUUUCUAUGGAUCGAUACAAUGAUCUAGUAAAAUAUAAAACGUCUUAUUUCUCAUUUAUGCUUCCGUUCAGUCUUGCUAUGCGCUUCGCUGGCAUAAUCGAUCCAGAAAUGCAUAAGGAAGCAGAAAAUAUUUUGAUAAAAAUGAGUCAUUUUUUCCAAGUACAAAAUGAUUUUUUGGAUUAUUACAGUAAAGAAGAAAUCGGAGGAAAAAGUGGAACUGACAUACAAGAAGGAAAAUGUACAUGGCCCAUUGUGGUUGCAUUGAAGCGAGCUACAGCCGAACAAAAAAGAAUUUUAAAAGAAUGUUAUGGAGUAGCUGAUGAAGAAAAAGUAAAACGUGUGAAAGAAAUUUAUGAAGAGAUAGGUAUAUCGAAUAUCUAUUAUGAUUACGAAGAAGAAACGCAUAAUUUAUUGAAUAUAUAUAUACAGCAAUUAUCUUCGAAACUUCCACCUGAAUAUUUUUUAUACUUACUCGCUACAUCAUGUAGUAAAGUAGGGCAAAAAGAUAUUUAAAAACCCAUUCGAACACAUUCGAUUAUUCAGAUAUUUCUAAAAUAAUAUUCAAAUAUAAUAUAAUAUUUUUCUGUAACAUUCUUCUAUACAAAAAAAUUUUUGUAAUAAAAAAUUAAUAGACUAAUUUUUAACAAUUGAAAAGAUUACUAAAAAUUUAUCAAAUGUAAAAUGAAUGAAAAAUAUAAUAAAAAUUAAAUAAUAAAAUCUUUGAAAAUCUGUUUUCAAAACGAAACAAAAAUUACAUGGCAAAACAUACGAUUAUCCAGCGAUUCCUAAAUUAAUUAGAAGCAAUAUUUUCCUAUGCAAAAAUUUCUAUUAUUUUUUGUUAUUAACGUAUUAUUAACGAAGAAUAUUUACCAAUUAAGUACGUACUCUAGCCAUAAAGAUAGUAUUGGCUAUGUGUCGCCAUAUAAGGAAAGAUAAAUUGAAGCAACGUAUCGAAGACACUAUCUUAUAUGUAAUAACUAUUUUAUAUCGAUAAAAAAUACAUAUUUGGAAUAAAAAAAAUAAAGGAUUAUUAUAAAGGAAAUAAAAAAUUAAUUAAAUAAAAAAUUAUCAUGAAUUAUAUUAAAUUAAAAAAGAAUUGAUCAAAUAAAAAAAAUGAAAUCAGA